AUGCUUUCACAAAUAGAUAAUUAUAAUGCAACAGUAGGAGUAAUGAAUUUAAUAUAUACUUCAUUAUAUGAUGGUGCAUCAAAAGGUACAGGUAUAAAACAUAUCAUAGAUCUAGCUUAUAAUUUAUUAGGUUCAGAAAUCACACCUAUUUUAAUUGAUUACAAUGUUGGAAUUCAAAAUAAUGUUUUUGGAGGUUAUCCAACACAUGAUGAUAUUGCACCAAGUAUUGUAUUUGCAGUAUUAUUUGGAAUUAUAUUAUUAUUACAUUUAGCAAUAUUAAUUAUGAAUACUAGUAGAGGUCAUUUUUUUUAUUUAUCAUAUGUUUGGAUUUUUUAUAGUAUUAUGAAAGUUAUUGGAUUUGCAUUAAGAGCAAAAUGGGCAACUAAUAUUAAAUUGAUAUCUAUUGGUUUAACAGGUGAAAUAUUUUUAAUUAUUCCUGCUAUUAUUAUUGUUAGUGCUAAUUUAAUUUUAGCUCAAAGAUUAUUUACAUGGAGACAUCCAGUUGGCGGUUCUCGUAUGUUAUUUUGGAAUUUUAUGUUUAUUACUUAUGGAUUUGUACUUGUUUUAAUAGGUAUUACUGUUGCUGCAUCAUUCAUUCCUUAUUUAUAUUUUUUAAGUUGGACAUCAUAUAGAAAUUGGAUUAAAAUUGUUCAAUUUACUGCUAUUUUAAUUAUCUUAUAUACAUUAACUGCAGUUGCUUUAAUUGGUUUAAGUUUUUGGUUACCAACAAAAAAAGAUGAAUUAAGAUAUACUUAUCAACCAUGGUGGAUUGAAUCAUUUUCACCUUUUUAUUUUGUUAAAAAAGGAGCAGCAGCAAAAGCUGAAAAGGGAUUUUUGAAAAGAAAUUCAAAUCAUAGACAUGCUACUAGAGUUAUUGCUGCUACAGAGCAUCAUUAUCGUAGUGUAAAAGGUGUAAGUAAUCAAAGAGGUCCUUUAAAACAUAAUAUAUCAAUGGCAUUAUUAAUUAUUACAACUAUAUUAAUUUUGAUAGCAUCAAUUGGUCGUUGUAUUGUUGUUUUCCAAGCUAGAGAAAACAUGAGAGCAAGUCCUGCUCAGAAUAUCUGGUUUAUGUACGUAUGUUGGGGUGUAUUUGAAAUUAUUAUCAAUCUUUUAUACAUAUUUGGUAGAGUUGAUUUAAGAUUUUAUAGACCAGAUAAAUUACCAAAAAUUGUUAGAUCAAUUAUUACAGCAGAACAAACGUAUUAUCCAAGUUCAGAUGAAGAAGAAGAUGGAUUUCAUAGAGAUAAACCAGAAACUUAUGGAAAAAUUAGAGGUAGAGCAGAACAUGGAUAUAAAAAUUCAGAAUCUCGUAUGGAACCAGCUCAUUAUAAAGAUAAUUAUCCACCAAACCACAUGUAUGCAGAUGGUCAAGAAUCAGCUUUUGAAGAUGAUACUAAUGAUGAAUUUGAUGAUAUAGAUUCUGCUGAAUGGGAUUUUACAGUUCCAAAAAAUGAAAAAUUAUCUUCUAGUUCGGAUGAAUAUGAGAAAAAUCCACCAUAUCCUAUGGAUUCAAAAGAUAAGAAAUAUAAUAAUAAUAAUAAUAAUCAUAAUGGAAAUCAUGCGUAUAAUGCUCAUUUGAAUAAUCAAUAUCAAAAUAAAUAUGAUGAUACUGGUUCAGAAUUCAAUUUUUAG